ACCCGAAGAAGGAGCAAUUCUUGCAUCUGUCAGCAGGGUUGCCCUCCACUUCCCCACUGUGUGGCUUCUCCUUCGGAUCUCUCCUCUCAAAGGACCUGCUUCUACCCAGCCACCCUCUGCCCUUCCCUAGGACCCAGACUUUCUGCUCCCAGACUUGCAGUCAGUUCCUCCAGAGUGGUUUCACUCAGCCACAGGAAUGGCUGGAGUGUGAACUCUGUGGCCUGGGGUCCAGGGAGGUCUGGUAUAGAUAACCCUCUGGAAGAGGCUACACUAAGAACUGUGAAACACUCACUUCCUCUGUGCACUACAGGUUCCCAACCACAAGCACCAAAGCAAAGGGGCAGGCAGCACGCAACCCCAGAAGCCGGAGCACCAGCCCAGCCAUGGUCCCUGAGGUGAGUGAACGACAAGUGCUAGGUGCCUCAGACUUUGCAUCCCUCCUGGAAAACUGUAGCUAUCCCUAUUACUACGGAGAAAACGAGAGCGACUCCUGCUGUACCUAUCAGCCCUGCCCACAGGACUUCAGCCUGAACUUCGACCGAGCCUUCCUGCCAGUCCUCUACAGCCUUCUCUUUCUGCUGGGGCUGAUGGGCAAUGGUGCGGUGGUGGCUGUGCUGCUGAGCCAAAGGGCAGCCCUUUGCAGCACCGAUACCUUCCUGCUCCACCUGGCUGUGGCUGAUGCCCUGCUGGUGCUGACACUCCCGCUCUGGGCGGUGGAUGCUGCUGUCCAGUGGGUCUUUGGCUCUGGUCUCUGCAAAGUGGCAGGUGCCCUCUUCAACAUCAACUUCUAUGCUGGAGCCCUCCUGCUGGCCUGUAUCAGCUUUGAUCGCUACCUGAGCAUAGUGCACGCCACCCAGCUCUAUCGCAGGGGGCCCCGGGCCCGCGUGACCCUCACCUGUGUAGUUGUCUGGGGGUUCUGUUUGCUUUUUGCCCUCCCAGACUUCAUCUUCCUCUCAGCCCGCCAUGACAAGCGACUCAAUGCCACCCACUGCCAGUACAGCUUCCCACCAGUGGGUCGCACGGCUCUGCGUGGGCUGCAGCUGGUGGCAGGUUUCCUGCUGCCCCUUCUGGUCAUGGCCUACUGCUAUGCCCGCAUCCUGGCUGUACUCCUGGUCUCUAGAGGCCAGCGGCGACUGCGAGCCAUGCGCUUAGUGGUGGUGGUGGUGGUGGCCUUUGCCCUGUGUUGGACUCCCUAUCACCUGGUGGUGCUGGUGGACACUCUUAUGGACCUGGGAGCCUUGGCCCGCAACUGUGGCCGUGAAAGUCAUGUGGAUGUGGCCAAGUCAAUCACCUCAGGCAUGGGCUACAUGCACUGCUGCCUCAACCCACUACUCUACGCCUUUGUGGGUGUCAAGUUCCGAGAGCAUAUGUGGAUGCUGCUCACACGCCUGGGCUGCCCUGUCCAGAGAAGGCUCCAGCGUCAACCAUCAUCUUCCCGCCGGGAUUCAUCUUGGUCUGAGACCACAGAGGCCUCCUUUGUAGGCUUGUGAAGCCAAAAUAGGGGAUCCCCAUCGGCCCAUGCAGCCUGGCUCUUCCCACAUUCCAGGCUUCUCCCUCCCUCGCUGCUGAGCUGGCUCUGGCUCUCCUCAGAACCUUAUCUCUGGGACUCACUGGCAGCCUCAGCACCUGGAUCACCAUUGCUGCUCUGUAGCCGCCAAACCCUAUCCUGCCACUUGAGAAGUGGCUGCUGGAGCCCCACUGCCCUUCUAAUUCAACAAGUAGAAAUUGGCCUUCCCUACGUGUCAGUUGUAUAAGGUGAAGAGAAUGCUGCCCCAUGGGGCCAUGGCUCAGCAGCAACUGUGGCUGUCUGUGGUCCCCAAGACUUGUUUUUGCUUUUAUUUUUAUGUUUAAACUUCUGCUUAAAACUUUUCAAUAAACAUGAUAAUCAGGACCAGAAUGUGGAAGUAGUCAUCAAUAUGGACAGCUCUGCUGGGUGCGGUGGCAUACACCCACAAUCCCAACAGUUCAGGAGGCUGA